AUGUCAAUUGUAAUGCAGUAUGUCGAUCGAUUCCAUGAAAUUCUGGAUAAAAAUGCAGACGCUCGGACGACCAAUUGGUUUUUAAUGCAUUCACCUUUUCCAACGUUAAUAAUAUGCCUGAGUUAUGUUUACCUUGUAAAAGUAUUAGGACCAAAACUGAUGGAGAAUCGCAAACCAUUUCAACUAAAGAAAGUUUUGAUCGUUUAUAAUUUAUUUCAAGUUAUAUUCUCAACAUGGAUAUUUUACGAGAGUCUGAUGGGAGGCUGGUGGGGCCACUAUAGUUUCCGUUGUCAACCAGUGGACUAUUCAGACAAUCCAAUCGCGAUAAGAAUAGGAAUGUCCGGAUGGCUGACGGGAGAUUACUCGCUAAAGUGCCAACCUGUAGACUACAGCGACCGACCUCAAGUACUGAGGAUGGUCCAUGCUAGUUGGUGGUACUACUUUUCAAAAUUUACAGAGUUUCUUGACACGAUAUUCUUCGUUCUUCGGAAGAAGAAUAAUCAAAUAUCGACUCUUCACGUAAUUCACCAUGGGUGUAUGCCCAUGUCAGUAUGGUUUGGAGUUAAAUUCACUCCCGGUGGCCAUUCAACGUUCUUCGGUUUGCUCAAUUCAUUUGUCCACAUCGUCAUGUACACUUACUACCUCUUAGCAGCUCUUGGACCCCAAGUACAACCUUAUCUCUGGUGGAAAAAAUACCUCACAGUCUUCCAAAUGAUACAAUUUAUAGCCGUUAUGAUCCAUGCAUUCCAGUUACUCUUCAUUGAAUGUAAUUAUCCAAAGGCGUUUGUGUGGUGGAUUGGACUUCAUGCAGUCAUGUUCUUCUUCCUAUUCAAUGAAUUCUACAAGCAACAAUACAGUGAUAAAAAAUCAAGCAUUCGAGCUAAGAAUGCAGCAGUUGCAGCUGCGAACGCUGCUACAAGUAACUGCAUGCCUAAUGGUCUGUCCAAUGGCAAGAGCCAUGUAACUUCUAAUGGGACAAGUUCACAUAGUGGUGCUGAAAAUGAUGUUAAUCUUCGAAAGCCAUACAAGAUAACAGAAUGA